AUGAAGGACCCUCUCGGUAUAGCCUUAUGUUGUCUCGCCAAGAUAGAGAAUCGCUUUGACCAUGUCGGCAUGUUUCUAAAGAUACACGAGAAUGAGUUCCACAAGUACCCCGAGGCACGCAAGCAUGUCGUGGAGUUCUCUCAGUCAGGCACCUACGUGCUCGAGAUGACCAUGCGUGGCAUCACACUGUACACAGCGGAGGGGCGAGUGGAUCGCACCAGUGCCAACGAGGUAGCCUCACGCACCAUCAACGUGGGAGACACUGAGAAGCAGCAACAGGUGCGAGAGGCGCUUCUGGAGCAGAUGGAAUCCCUGUACAGCACUCCAUACAAGACGAAUCUUCUUGAGUUUAUUCCCUUCAUAUGCAGCCCUCCAGACAAGGUGGACCGAGUGCGAGCCGCGCACAAACUCAACACUCUUCGCCUCGAGGUAGAGGCUCUCACGGAGAUGGCCAAUGCGCAUCCCAGCCAGGCGGAGGUCUAUCGUGCCAUUGCACACAAAUACCAGAACGCGCAGUCCUUUCUUGUUUCCACCUACUUUCCGCACUUAGCCUCCACGCCACUGACGGACACAUUUACCCUGAACUGGAGCACCGGUCAUUACUGGAUUGACGGGGUCAACAACGCUGACGAGAUGCUCUGCUCCGAGCUGAUCUGCAACCUGUGGCAUCGUGUGGGUCUCACAGUGGGAUACGUGCCGGCAUCCUCCAUACGCCCGUUCGAUUUGCUGGACAACGAGCGCUUCAACUUUAUCUCGCCAGUGAGUGAGCUUGGUGAGCUGAGACCUAUAAAAGUUUGCCGACCCUACGAGCGGUACUGGAAAGGACCGAUUAGAAGCGUGACGGAGACGACGCGAAAUGGAAAGGCUGCGCAGACUCCCGUGGCAGAGUGCCCACGUCUUAAAUUCUUCAACGACGUCAUCACCAGCAGUGGCCUAUCGCCAGUAGCGUCACUGAGAGACGCCGCCACUUCCUCGGAGUUGCUCCCGUCUCGGUGGGUGGUACAGUCCAACACGCGCAGCGACGUCAUUCCCAACUUAUGGUUUCGCGUCUUCUCCUCUGGUUUACUGUUUGCCGCCUGCGCGGUGCCGUGCGCCCCUUUGACGCUGCGGUGGAUGGAGGGGCAGGUUGGACUGUUCUUGUUGCGCGGGAGCGUCUGGUCUAUCACCUGUGGUGUGUUUGCCCGGAAUGUCUCAUUUGCCGCUGUCCAAGCUCUUGUCCUGGCGACAGCAGCAUGCCGCUGCAAUGUCUCCGGGGACGAACUCGUGAUGGGUUUGCACACACACAGCAGCCUCGUUGACACGCGGCACCCCUACUACGAUGCCGUCGCCCUCUACGGCCUCUCUGCCCUCGUGGCGCAUCUCGCCACAACACCGUUGCGCAACGCCAACAUUUCCUACCACUUCGGCCCCGUGCUCCCUGGGCCCAUCUCGAUGCGGCGGCUGUGUAGUGGAAACUUGCUAAUCGCGCCUGCUGGUGUGUUGUUGCCCUUCCAGGCCUGCUGGCUCUCCUGGUAUGAGACAGCGGGCUCCUUCAUCGUGCCAACGCCGUCGUCUGUUUGGCGCCCUCGAGAAGACCUGCUCGCACGGCCUGAGUGGUCACACUGCCGGAACAAGGCGCUCCUCGGCGCCUUUGUCGCUACGCUCCUCACCGAUACGCUCCUCUACCCCAUUGCCACGCUGGCAACGCGCCGAUUCAUGAGCGAUCUAUUCAAGCCACAAAGGCCGCCGAGCUUUGGACGGUCCCUCUAUGCUGGCUAUCGGUAUCGUCUUCUCAGCAAUGUCUUAAUCCUCCUCACAUCCACUGCUUACCUCGACAGGCUUGGCAGCAUCUAG